AUGAACGAAGUAACCGAACCAGCUUUGACUCAAAAGGAUGCUACAACUUUAAGAAACUUCUAUAAGCUAAGAAGAGCAAUUAAUGGGUUUUCUGAGUCCAUGAAAAUCAUUGAUGAAUUAGCUCUGGAUGAUUACACAUUAAUGGAUAUGAAGACCAAUGGAAACUCCUUACAAAAGCUAAUUGGUUCUUCAGCUACUAUGGAUACUGCUAGCUUAAUAAAAUCAUUAAUUCCUUCUUUAAGAGACAUCAUUCGAGAAUGUAAUUAUGACGAACAAAAAAAUGAACUAGGUCAAUAUAUCAGAUAUCCAAUUGUUUCAAACCCAGAAUUAGAACAUUUAGCAUUCAUUCAUAGAAGUUAUACAAGUAUGAAUGUCAAUUUGACUGAAGAACAAAAAAUUAUCAUGAGUAAUGAACGUUUAGAGUUCUUGGGUGAUAGUUGGUUGGGUGCUUUAGUUUCAUAUAUAAUAUACGUGAAAUACCCAACGGCAAAUGAAGGCGCCCUUUCCAAGAUGAAAGAAGCUAUUGUUAACAAUAUUAAUUUAUAUGAAUGGAGUGGUCAAUUGGGUUUUAGGGACCGUUUACAAAACAAUAUUCCUGCAGCUUCAAUGAAAGUUAAAGAUAAGCUAUCCAAGCGUUAUGCAGACUGUGUUGAAGCAUAUAUUGGGGCUUUGGUUGUAGAUAGAUAUGGUAGUGAAUAUAAAGAUUUAACUGAUUGGCUAUAUUCAUUAUCUCAAGAUAAGUUGGACGAAAUUAGCCCUGGCUUGUUAAGAUAUGACUUUAAUAAAAAUGCAAAAGGGGAAUUAGCAUCAUAUUUACAAGCAAAUAAGCUAGGUGCUAAAGUUCAUUAUGUAAGACUCAAUGAUUCUACACCAUUUAGAGCUCAAGCAUUAUUAGGUGAUAUAGUUUUGGGUGAAGCAGUUGGUCACAAUGCACGAGAGGCAGAACAGAGAGCUGCAAUGGUAGCUUUAUCGAACAGAGAACUAAUUCAACAAUAUUCUAGUUUUGAUUUAGAAGAUUUAAAUGGUCCAACUAUUGAAGAAACUCCAUCGUCUGCAUCAUCGAUUGCUCUAGGCUCAUUUGAUCCUGUUGCAACUUUUAAUAAUAAUAUCACUCAAGUAUCGGAAGAAUCAGAAUCUAACUCUUAUCACGAUGAUAUAAAUAGCAGUGAUCACAACGGAACCUAUUGUUCAGAAACUUCUGACAAUACAUCACCAGCUAGCAAUAAUUGCCAACCAUCAAAGCACAGUAAUUACUCAUCUAUAAUAACCAAGGAGAUGACACAAAAGUUAACUGAUGAAAUAAUGACCGAAUUUUUAGAUCGAAUGAGUGAAAUGUUGGUAACGAUGACUACUAAAGUCAGUGAAAAAGUAUUGAAUUCCAUCUCUUCAUCCAAAAACGUUGAGCUACAUCCAAAGAAUACUAACUCUAAUGGUAAUACUAAUAAUAAUAACACUCAUAAAACUAAUUACAACCAUAACACUAGCGUUAAUCAAGGCAAUAAUACUAAUACUAAUACUAAUACUAAUACUAAUACUAAUACUAAUACUAAUACUAAUACUAAUACUAAUACUAAUACUAAUACUAAUACUAAUACUACUACUAAUAAUAAUAAUAAUAAUAAUAAUAAUAAUAAUAAUAAUAAUAAUAAUAAUAAUAAUAAUAAUAAUAGAAAUAAGAAUAAGAAUAUCAAACCUGUCAGAUAUGAUGAUAAGGUUUAUCAUAACAAUUCUGAUAAUAACUUGAAAUCAAAUACUUUUACCACUUCAGAAAAUUAUAGACAACUACCUAAUAUAGUGAAUAAUAUCAAUUAUUCUGGUAGACCAGGGUCUUUAGAUCCUGCUAAAGAUCCAUCUCCAAAUGGCAAACCAAAUAGAUCACUAAAACAAGGCAAACUUGGAUCCCUUGACCCAGCAAAAUCUGCAUCUGGAUUUAAAAAUCCAUCAUCAUAUGAAAUGUAUUCAAAUAAUGGAAGUAAUAAUAUUCAUCAUGAUUAUAAUUCUAAUGGGCAUACAAUACCUUAUCAACAAAAUAACUUGAGCGAUAAUGGAAAUAUGAAUAGCACAGUGAAGAUUCCGAGUGAUAAUAAUGCAAUGGAAGUUCUUUACAAGGCUUUGACGAAAGAGCAAUUAUACCCAGACUAUUCAAUUGAGGACCAUGCAAAAGGUUUCCUCUCAGUAUGUACAGUUAAGGGUGUUGGUACAUAUCUAGGAGAAGGAUUUGGUCGAAAUAAGAAGCUUGCUAAGCACCAUGCUGCUCAAGAUGCUAUUAGAAAGAAUAUGCUAAAUAAUCCUGAAUUAUCCCGCUAUAGAUAA